UAAACUUACGGGAUGUUGAAUGAAUAAUCAUACUCUGGUUUGUUGUCUGAUUACGUUAACUACCUAGUUGCUUACUAGUAGAUGCUGGAGAACUCAAUCCCUUCUCUUUACACUCCAAGCUGCUUGGCUUCUGGCAACUUCACUCGGCCUUCUCAAGCAAAUCAGCUACUCAUCUUACUAACCCACAAGAAUGGCUGAAUUACUCCCUCGACUGACAUCCGUAUCCUCGCAUUCACAUGUCGCAGCGAGCUGUGAUGAAGCCUGGAGCAUCCAAAUAAAUGAUCUGAUUGCCUUUCUCAAGCAACCCAGCAACGCAUCUGCGAUCACCUCGUCCAGUGACUACCUCUUAGAUAACCUGGACCCUUCCCGGCACAGUCUAGCUUACCUAUUUGUCUUUCACCUGCAUGUUCAAUCCAUCCAGAGAACAACCAAAAGUCCCUUACCAAGCGAAAUUCUGCCUGGUGGGAGGCUGUGGCUAAACGCAGUUCAUUUCUUACGGCACUUUGAUCCUGUACAAAUCCGAUAUGCGGGCAUGGAAUGGCGCCAGCUCAUCGAGCUUGUUGCUCAAGCUGCGCAGCUAGAAUCAAAGCCACUUCUCGCAGUUUUGGUCAUCAGAGACUCGAUUUUCCGGCUUGGUAUAACCGACACAUUCACAUCCGUACACCUUUUGUUUGUUAGGUUAUCUCUUCUUGCGAAAACAUACACUCAUGCGCUGCCCAUUCUCGAUCGACAAGUCUGUCAUUUGCCUAAUCCUUCCAACCAAGGCUACCAGCAGUACCGCCACUUGAUUCCAUGUACAGAACAUGGGCACAAUGCAGCACUCGUUCCUGAAACAUCUGGAUUUUCGGCCAAGCUAGCAUAUCGAGACCACUUGAGCUAUUUCCUUUGUGGUGCAAUGGUUUAUACAGUGCUAAAAGAUUGGAACAAGGCGAUUCAUUGGUUGAGUAUAGUCAUCUCCUCUCCUGUGACAGGACCUGUCAGCAAGAUUAUGGUGGAGGCGUACAAGAAAUGGCUUCUAGUUAAUUUGCUGGGACAGGGAAAGCUAUCAUCCCCCCCUUCAGUAGUCCCUUCUCAUGUGAUGAGGGUGUACGAGGCCUUGACGAAACCGUACAUGUCAUUGGCCGAAGCUUUCGAGAAGUGCCAUUAUGAAAGAUUUCUGAGAGAAGUCGAAAUGGGUCGCACCAUUUGGCAUAUAGACAACAAUACGGGCCUUGUGUCCCAGCUGGCCCCUGCCUUUGAUAAGUUCAUCAUUCUGAGGCUUGGAAGAACCUUUUCCGCUCUCAAGAUGUCCGAUGUAGCGUGGCAGCGAUUCAGCGCCGGCCAAUUAUCUCCCAGGCAGAUAGAGGCAUUUGUUGCGUCACUUGUGAUGUCGGGGCGUGUCAGCGCUGUCUUGUUUCACCUGAGAGACAAUAUAAAUUCCACAAUGCUUCGCUUCGCUUCCAGAGGAGGGCAAGCUCUUUAUUAUGAACGCCACUUGCGGACAAAAUUAAAUUUUGAAAGCCAAUUGGUGAAAACAAUUGCGAAUGGGAUUGACCAUAGCAAGUCGGGCCUGGGAUUCAGCAAUGAACAUUUCCAGUUCCUGCACAAGAAUCAAAGAUGUGUUGAUACCCCGGCGAGGGUCGCGUUUCUUGCAGAAAGUCAAGCUGACAGUCAGAUCCAUGGUGAUGAGGAUAUUAUGGAAGACCUCCAUUAGUCUGUCCUCUCUGGUCAUUACAUCUACGCAUGCUUUUCUAAUUAUGAUUCAUGAUAACAUAUAGCCGCUUCUUGGUACGCAUAAUUAUAGUACUAGGUAGGACGUUAGAAUAAAAC